AUGAUCAUUAUUAAGUUGCAACAACAUUAUUUUUAUGGCGUGAACCCUGACCUCAGUUCUCCUCUGUCUGCCUUCCAGGCUCUGAGACUGUGGUUGAAGAUGUAUUUCAGAAGGUGGUUGGCAGUGUUCUUCUUCCUCCUCUUCAUUGUGUCUGUGUUGAUGAUUAGCACACUCCCCUUGCUCCCUUUGGAGAGCCAGAGGCUGUCUCAACGUGGACUUCGUGCCGCUAUCCACGAUGGGAGACAAAGAAGGGAUCCUACUGCACGCUUCCUUCCUCUUCCACUGGAUCUCACCCAGAGGGCCUGGAAGUUUAUUCAUCCACUGAGGGAGUUUCCAACAAGUCAGUGGGAAAUUGAUGAUGACCAAAUUCUACAGAAAGAUGGGAUACAUAAGCUUUAUCGAGCUGCCAUAAAGGAUCACCAGAGCAACGUAACUUCAGAUGUGGCUCCUAGGAAAGCCAAAGGCAAGUCCUCUGGCAGCAGGGAGAAGCAACAUCCACAGCGAUUUGCAACAGAUGUGAAAGGAAGGCAGGGAAGUGGGCAGGCUAACCACAGUAGUUCUUUCAUCUCUGUCCAGCGACCUCCCCCCAGACAAGGCUUACAAGCUGUGAUCAGGCCUGGGGUGACAUUUGCUACACAGAAGUACCCUGCAAGCCAGGAUACAUCAAAGAGCAAGUGGACACCAAGUGGCCCAAAAGCCAACACACCUGCUGGUAAGGUGAUUGAACAUCGGCAGCCUGGGACAGGGAGAGCUGCCAGAGACUUCAGGAAACAUAGCAGGCAGUCAAAGCCCAUGGGUAGGAAAAGGCAACAUGUCUUUGCUCAAGAAGGAGACACGACCCAGGAAGGGGCUGAGAAGGAGGACGUCACCUGGUGUAGGAAGGUGAAUGAAGACACCUUCUCGGGCAAAAGAAAUCGGAACCUUGGGUCUCGAGCUGUGAAACUUCCCUGGCUCAGCAGUGAGGACAUCCAGAGGAUGGAAUUGCUGACGAGCGGCGUGGUAGUCAGUAAAUCCAGAGUGCCCGCCCAUGGCCAGGUGCUACAGGUGGGGCUGGAUCAGGGCAGCCAAGCGGUCCAGCCUGGUGACCACAGGCACCGCUGCCAACAAGGUCUCUGUGGCCUGAUCAAACGUCCUGAUGAUUGGUUUGAGGUGUUCGCCUUCCACUUAGACAGGGUGCUGGGGCUGAACAGGAGUCUGCCAGCAGUGUCCAGGAGGUUCCGCAGUGACCUCCUGCCCUACAAGUACACCACCGGCACAGCCCGGCCCGUGGUGUGGUGGGACCCGGACAUCCAGCACCUUGCUGACAUUGAUAACGACCAGAACUCCUUCCCGCUCACUUGGCUGCAGUACCAGGCCCUGCUGAAAGCAAAGUGUGACAGUAAGGAGUCCCCUGCUAACUCCUCACCUUGCAUUGGUGUUCACCACUCAGAGUGGGGGCGAUUGGCAUUGUUCGACUUCCUUCUUCAGGUGAAUGACCGACUCGACCGCAAUUGCUGCGGGUUCAAGCCUGAUCUUUCUGAGUCCUGUGUGGAAAACCUCCUACGCGCAAAGUGCAGAAACCCCAAAGACUUACUGCUGGUCCACAUCCUGGUGAGGAAGGCUGAUCCAUCCAGACUGGUGUUCAUUGACAAUUCAGGCAGACCCUAUCAGUCACAUGACAACCUCAAUUUCCUCUUGGUAGAAGGCAUCGAUGAGUUCCCAGAGAGAGCAGUGUCUGUGCUCAAGUCGGGCUGCCUGGAGCCCAUGCUCUUGCAGUCGUUGUACACAGACAGGGAAUUCUGGGAGAGUCGAGGGGGCCUGCAGGGACUCGGGCCGCUGAUCCAUACGGUGGAGAAGAGGGGAAGGACUCUACUGCGCCACAUUGAGGACAGGAAACUGAAGCUCAACCGUGACCUGUAAGGGUAGCUGGGGUACAGGGCUCUGAGAUACCGAGCACCUGACCUCUGACCCCUGAAGACCCAGAAAGGCCAGGAUGCAAGGACUGGGUCUUUCUUUUUUUUGUUCCUCAUGGAAGCUGGCAGUUCCAUUUCAGAGUUUUAUUCCGAGGGCAACCUUGCAGCUGCAGGGUCUUCCAUUUCAAUUUAUGUUGCUGUUGAGUUUACAAACCUUUCUUCAUGACCUUUUGUGGGCUUCCUCCAGGUUCUGCUGUUUUCUCCCAUAGUCUACAUUGACUGGUGUCCAGGGUGCAGACCAUGGCUCCUGACAUCUCACGACAGACUGUGGCCCACUUUGACCUCUUGAGCAUAAACUGAUCCAUGAAAGUGAGGGUGAAUUUGUGAAUAAGCCAUGCCUUGGUAUAAAUAUUGCUGGUUUUCACAAAACCAAGUUCUAAUUCUCUAUUGUUUAAUUAUCACUGGAUAUGAAAAACGUGUUGAGAUUUAGACACAGUAUAACAUACUGGAGCUUAAUGUGUUUUUGCACCUUAGUUUAACCAAAAAGUGUCAAUACACGAAUAUUAAAAACUGCAGAAUUUAAACAUCCAG